AUGGUGCGCGGCCCCGACAGGCCGAGGGGCUUGCCCCCCUGCGCCAGCCCGCGGGUGGUCUCGCCCUGGUGGAAGCCUCGCGAGGUUUGUGUUUACCCGGCCCGUUCCGCUCCGCCCCGCCCCGCCCCCACGUCCAAGAUGGUGGCCCUCCAGAGCGGUCGCGGGCUCAGGCCUCUGAUGCUGUCCUGGAGCCGGGAUCUGCCGUGCAUCUGGCGCGCCCUGCAUACCUCCGCGGUCUGCUCCAAGAACCGGGCGGCCCGAGUCCGAGUGGACAAGGGGAACAAGCCAGUGACCUACGAGGAAGCGCAUGCGCCUCACUACAUCGCCCACCGCAAGGGCUGGCUGUCACUGCACACAGGUAACCUGGAUGGGGAGGACCAUGCUGCUGAGCGAACAGUGGAAGAUGUUUUCCUUCGCAAAUUUAUGCUGGGCACCUUCCCAGGCUGCCUGGCUGACCAGCUUAUUCUAAAGCGCUGGGCUAACCAGGUGGAGAUCUGUGCCCUGGUCCUGAGGCAGCUACCUCCACACAAGUUCUACUUCCUUGUGGGCUACAGUGAGACCCUGCUGUCCCACUUUUACAAGUGUCCUGUUCGUCUGCACCUCCAAACUGUUCCCUCAAAGGUUGUGUAUAAGUAUAUCUAGGACAUACAUCAAGCUUUUUACAUCAAGUUGUAGCCUGCGAAGGUCAGAAACUUGUGAAAAUGGACUGAGGUAAAAAUAGGGGAAAUACAUCCCCUCAGAUUUCUGACACUUUGUCUUCAGAGUUGCUCUUGAAUAAAUAGACUCUACAUGUUGUCUUA